AAAACAAACAAACAUUCUUGAUUCAUUUGAUUUCAUACAAACACAAUUCAAAAGGGGUUUUCUUUUUCUUCUUCUUCUUCUCUUGAACCCCUUUUUUCUCCUUAAAUCUCACUCCAAUUCCCAGCUGGCAUUCUCUGAUCUUAUCAAUUUCUCAUCUGGGUCUGCUUCCAUUACUGAUCUCUUCAAGAUUAUCGUGAUUUUAAGGGGCAAUUUUCGAAGGGAUGUGCUUUUAGCAAUUCUUGUGAGAAAAUAAUACGAAAAAUGGCUCAUGGGAGAAUACGGGCUAAAAUUAAAAGAAGUAGUUUUUACACAUUUGGAUGCAUAAGACCACCCGUCGAGUCAACAGACGAACCUCAUCAGUUUCGCGGGCCCGGUUUUUCUCGAAAUGUUUGUUGUAACCAACCUCGUUUACACCAAAAGAAGCCACUCAAAUACUGCAAAAACUACAUAUCGACCACAAAGUAUAACGUAAUUACUUUUUUACCAAAAGCCCUCUUCGAGCAAUUCAGACGUGUGGCAAAUGUGUAUUUCCUCUUAGCUGCAUGCCUAUCAUUGACACCCGUUUCACCCUUUUCGGCUUAUAGCAUGAUUGCACCGUUAGCUUUUGUUAUCGGGCUCAGUAUGGCUAAAGAAGCGGUUGAAAACUGGCAUCGGUUCAUGCAAGACAUGAAGGUAAAUUUGAGGAAAGUCAGGGUUCAUAACGGGGAAGGUGUGUUUUCGUUAAAACCAUGGAUGAAUAUACGUGUCGGGGAUGUCGUAAAAGUGGAAAAAGAUCAGUUUUUUCCCGCUGAUUUAUUGUUAUUGUCCUCAAGCUAUGAAGACGGGAUUUGCUAUGUCGAAACGAUGAAUUUAGACGGUGAGACGAAUCUAAAAGUUAAAAGAUCUUUAGAAACAACUUUAUCUUUAGAUGAUGAUUCCAGUUUCAAAGAUUUUAGAGGAACGAUUACAUGUGAGGAUCCGAAUCCAAAUCUUUAUACGUUUGUUGGCAAUUUGGAUUACGAACGACAAGUGUUCCCACUCGAUCCUAGUCAGAUACUGCUUCGGGAUUCGAAGCUACGAAACACUGGCCAUGUUUACGGGGUGGUGAUAUUUUCGGGUCACGAUAGUAAAGUGAUGCAAAACGCUACAAAAUCACCUUCGAAAAGGAGUACAAUCGAGAAACAAAUGGACAAAAUUAUUUAUGUCCUUUUUACCCUUUUGGUGUUGAUUUCGUUGAUAAGCUCGAUCGGUUUUGCCAUCAAGACAAAAACGCAAAUGCCAAGUUGGUGGUACUUGCGGGCGCCAGAUGAUGAGAAUUUAUACGAUCCUGCAAAUGCUUCACGAUCGGGGUUUUAUCAUUUGAUUACCGCUUUAAUUCUUUACGGGUAUUUGAUACCGAUCUCACUUUACGUUUCUAUUGAGCUCGUGAAGGUUUUACAAGCGGUUUUUAUAAAUCAAGAUAUAAACAUGUAUGACGAAGAAACGGGUACUCCAGCUCAAGCCCGUACCUCGAAUUUAAAUGAAGAACUGGGGAUGGUGGACACUAUUUUAUCAGAUAAAACCGGGACGUUAACGUGUAAUCAAAUGGAUUUUCUAAAGUGCUCGAUUGCAGGGGUCCCGUAUGGCGUACGAUCUAGUGAAGUCGAGGUGGCAGCCGCCAAUCAAAUGGCUUUGGAUCUUGAAGGGCAUGGUGGACAUUCCGCGAGGUCUAGUGGACAACACGGGCCGGAAAUCGAGUUACAGGCAUUAACGGGUUCUAAAGAUAGUUUGGGAUCACCGAUCAAGGGUUUUAGUUUCGAUGAUAGUCGAUUAAUGAAUGGGAAUUGGGCCCAAGAGGCGAAUCACGAUGUUAUAUUGUUGUUUUUUAGGGUUCUUGCUCUUUGCCACACUGCGAUUCCGGAGUUUAACGAAGAAACUGAUAGUUAUAGUUAUGAGGCUGAAUCGCCUGACGAAGGUGCGUUUCUUGUGGCUGCAAGAGAAUUCGGGUUUGAAUUUUGUAGAAGAACGCAAUCGAGCAUAUUUGUUCGUGAGAGGAAUCCUUCUUCUCAAGAAUUUGUUGAAAGGGAGUUUAAACUUCUAAAUCUUUUGGAUUUUACAAGUAAAAGAAAACGGAUGUCAGUUAUCGUUCAGGACGAGACCGGACAAAUUCUUUUAUUGUGCAAAGGCGCCGACAGCAUAAUCUUUGAACGUUUAGCAAAAAAUGGAAGACGGUUUGAGGAGGUUACUACAAAGCAUUUAAAUGAUUACGGUGAAGCCGGUUUACGUACGCUUGCGCUUGCGUAUAAAAAACUUGAAGAAUCCGAGUACAUAUCAUGGAACGAGGAAUUUACAAAAGCAAAAACUGCCAUCGGUGGUGACAGGGAGGCGAUGCUUGAACGCGUUUCAGACAUGAUGGAAAAAGAUUUGAUUCUUGUUGGUGCAACGGCUGUCGAAGAUAAGCUGCAACCAGGGGUGCCUCAAUGUAUCGAUAAAUUAGCACAAGCUGGUCUUAAGAUAUGGGUAUUAACAGGGGAUAAAAUGGAAACCGCAAUCAACAUAGGGUUUGCAUGCAGUUUACUUCGUCAGGGCAUGAAGCAAAUAUGUAUAUCAACAAAUGUCGACAUUCUAAAACAAGAUUCCAAAAAGGCUGUGAAGGAGAACAUUGAAUUGCAAAUCACUAAUGCAACUCAAAUGAUUAAGCUUGAAAAGGACCCACACGCUGCAUUUGCGUUGAUCAUCGAUGGAAAGACUUUAACUUACGCUUUAGAGGAAGAUUUAAAGCACGAUUUCUUGAAUUUAGCGGUUGAUUGUGCUUCUGUUAUAUGUUGUCGUGUUUCUCCUAAACAAAAAGCCAUGGUUACAAGAUUGGUGAAAGAAGGCACGGGGAAAACGACUUUAGCUAUUGGAGACGGUGCGAAUGAUGUUGGAAUGAUUCAAGAAGCGGAUAUUGGUGUCGGAAUAAGCGGCGUUGAAGGAAUGCAGGCUGUGAUGGCUAGUGAUUUUGCUAUUGCGCAGUUUCGGUUUCUUGAAAGGCUUCUAGUUGUACACGGUCACUGGUGUUAUAAAAGAAUUGCUCAAAUGAUAUGCUAUUUCUUCUAUAAAAACAUUGCGUUUGGGCUUACGUUGUUCUACUUCGAGGCAUUCACCGGCUUCUCGGGCCAAUCAGUGUAUGACGAUUGGUAUAUGCUUUUAUUCAACGUUGUUCUUACAUCAUUGCCCGUGAUUGCACUUGGCGUUUUUGAACAAGACGUUUCUUCCGAGAUCUGUUUACAGUUUCCAGCACUAUAUCAACAAGGACCAAAAAACCUAUUUUUCGACUGGUACCGAAUAUUCGGGUGGAUGGGAAACGGGCUGUAUUGUUCGCUAAUCGUCUUUUUCCUCAACAUAAUAAUAUUCUACGACCAAGCUUUUCGGGCAGGCGGGCAGACAGCCGACAUGACCGUGUUGGGAACCGCGAUGUUCACAUGUGUCAUCUACGCAGUAAACUGCCAAAUCGCCCUCACGAUGAGUCACUUCACUUGGAUACAACACUUUCUAAUCGGUUUCAGUAUCAUUGCAUGGUACGUGUUUCUAAUACUAUACGGUAUGAUGCCUCCGGAAUAUUCUGGAAACGCUUUUAGAAUCUUUGUGGAAGCACUUGCACCCGCCCCGUUAUUCUGGUUGACCACGAUUUUAGUGACGGUUGCGUGUAAUCUCCCGUAUUUGGCGCACAUUUCUUUUCAAAGAUCUUUUAGUCCGAUGGAUCAUCAUAUUAUUCAAGAAAUUAAAUAUUAUAAAAAAGACGUUGAGGAUCGACAUAUGUGGACCCGCGAAAGAUCAAAAGCUAGACAAGAAACGAAGAUCGGGUUUACUGCACGAGUUGAUGCAAAGAUUAGACAUUUUAAACAAAUGUUGCAGAAGAAAUCGUCGGUUUUGAGUCCUCGUGUUGCUUUGGCUGCAACAAGAACAUAGUAUUUUUUUUUAAAUUUCUUUGGUCUUUUUAAAGGUGUUAAUCAUGCUUAUAGUUAAGUGUAGGGUUGUCUGUAUUUUAUUUUUUUUUUAAUUUUUUUUGGUGAUUACUGGUUUUUUGAUUUGUUCUUGUAAUAUGGGGAAAGUAUAGGGUGACAUUGGUAUGUUAGAAUUUUACAAGGGCUGUUUUGCAAAGUGGAAAUGGCUAAUAUUCACAUGCGUUGACUUUGACUA